CCUGGCUCCCGGCAGCGUCAUCCAGCUCCAGCGGCCGGCCGGGCCCGGAGCAGGCUCUUCCGGCAGCGCCGGCAUGCGGAAGUGCCCACGCGUCCGAGCAGCCGGUGCGGGAAGCGUUCGGGGCGAGGGCGGGCUGCGGGCAGGCGGAGUUUGUGCUGGCCGCAGGCACACCUCUCGGCGCCGGGAAAGGCGCGUCUCCGUGUCCCCGCCGUUUCGGGACCGCUGCGGGGCUCGGCCUCUUCUCGGCCGUCCGGCGACAUGUCGGCGCACGCUGCCUCCGCAAGGCUCAAGCUCUCUGGGACGUGCUUCUUCCUCCAAAUCCUCACCAUCAUCCUCUUUGCCGUCUUUGUCCGGUACAGCCCAGACACCAGCCCUGGUCUCUGCUCCCCACAGCUCAACUGCAGCAGUGAGAGAAACCCCAGCUCUGACUCCAGGUUUCACCACCCACGUUUCCGGGAUGUCCACCUCCAAAUUCUCAUAGGCUUUGGCUUCCUGAUGGCCUUCCUCAGCCGCUAUGGAGCAGGGAGCCUGGCCAUCAACUUCCUCGUGGUGGCAUUUGCCAUCCAGUGGGCCAUACUGAUCCAGGGGUUUUUCUACUCCUUCCUAAAUGGCAAGAUUUACAUGGAAGCACAGAGCAUAGUCAGUGCUGACUUCUGUGUGGGAGCCAUCCUGAUCUCAGCUGGAGCUGUUCUGGGCAGGGUAAACCCCCUCCAGAUGCUGCUGAUGACCCUUCUGGAAGUCAUCUUUUUUACCAUCAACGAAUACAUCCUACUCAACCUCAUGGGGGUAAGCGACAGUGGGGGCUCCUUGACCAUCCACACCUUCGGUGCUUAUUUUGGCUUGAUGGUUUCACGGAUCUUGCACCAGCCCCAUUUAGACAAGAGGAACCAGCAGCAGGACAUGGGGCACUAUCCGGAUGUCUUUGCUGCAGUUGGAACUGUCUACCUGUGGAUCUUCUGGCCUGGUUUCGCCUCAGCCACCAUGGUCCAUACCAACGCUGAGCCCUGGGCAGUGCUGAACAUCUAUCUUGCGCUGGCAGCAAGCACUCUGGCCACCUUUGUCAUCUCCCCCCUUCUCCAUGAGGAAGGCAUGCUGCAGAUGACCCAGGUUCAGGAUGCUGCUGUGGCUGGCGUGGCCGUGAUGGGCAUGGCUGGGGAGAUGCUGCUCACUCCGUUCGGGGCCCUCAUCGCGGGGUUUCUGGCCGGCCUGAUCUCCCCACUUGGCUUCAAAUUCCUCACGCCUGUCCUGUCCUCCAAGCUGAACAUCCAGGACACGUGUGGAGUUCACAAUGUCCAUGGCAUGCCAGGGAUCCUGGGCACCUUGCUGGGGAUGCUGCUCACAGCACUGGCAACCGCUGAUACUUAUGGAAACAGGAUGGAGCUGGUUUUCCCCCACGUAGCUGAUGGGAGCAGGACAGCCACCUACCAGGCAGUUUGGCAGCUUUGUGCGCUGUUCGUCACCCUGCUGCUCGUGCUGCUCGGAGGGAGCAUCGUGGGAGCCAUCCUGAAAAUAAAGAGGCUGGGAUCUCCUCCAGACACGCAGCACCUGGAAAACAAGACCUUCUGGGAGGGUUCACACCUCCGCGUUGGUGCAGGUGUCUGCGGAGCAGCGCAAGCAAGGGGCGAGCAGGGAGGAGCUGGGCACCAGCACCUCAGUCUAGCAGCUCUCACCCUCCGGCGACGUCCUUCCCGCCAGCACUGCCAGCGCCGGGGAGCUUUUGGCACCCCGAACUCCCCGGCUGCCCUCUCCGGAGACAGCCAGGCUUGUCCCCAUGUGGCAUCCAGCAUCCAGUCCCGAAGAUCUGGGGAAAGUUGGGUGCACACAGGCCUUUCUGGGACCAGUCCAUGGUGAAGAGGUGCGAGAGCGACGUGGGCACUCGCCGCGGGGAGAGGGGACAACCUGGCUCGCUCCAGAGGAACCUCGGGGCUGCGGGAGCAGGACGCGGAUCCAAGCCUUGCUCAGCUUUGGGGUGGCCGGGGCGCUUCCCGUGCUCGCCCCACACCUCCGUUUCCCCAAAUGCCACUCUCCAAGACCUGCGGACGAGAGGAGAGCUAGGAAGGGGCUUCUUUCCUUUAGGGUUGCUCUAUCGGGGAAGAGAUAUCUCAGGCUCCAAAAAAAAAAAAAAAAAGAAAAAGAAAAGAAAAAAGCAACAGAGAACUUUCUGUGGACGCUUUUGAGCAAAAAAAUAAAGAAAUGGACUCUUUUGUAAUUUCAGGAUUUGCCAGUGAAUUUAUACAUAAGCCCCUGACUUUGCUGGCUUAUUUUCCUUCAUAUUUCUUUUGAAAAAAAGAAAGAAAAGGGCCCAGGAACCCCCCUCCCUAAACGACAACUCUCUGCAGCCCACGUGGCCCCAUUUGGGCCAUUUAUUGGGGUUUUGGUGUCACCGUUAUUAAACCCUCCCAGAUUUAAGCCUCCGGGAGGAUUUUUCCCCGCGCUUUGGCCACCAGAGGGUGCGACAGCACAGAGCAGCCUGUGCCUGGGAAGCGGCCAGGGUGACACGGGUGUCCCCCGGACAGGGUGUCCCCUGCCUUCCCGGCACCGCUAGACGGGGUCCCCUGGCAUCCCGCCGCGCCGCGUCGCGCACAAGGAGCCGGGGAUGAGACCCGGAGAGGAGCAGGGGCUGCGUUUCCAUCCGCAGGGGCCAGACUCAGCAUGAUUGUCUUUCAAUAUUUGUUGUUGUCAAUGCACGUAAAGGUUUUUUAAUAA